UACUAAACCCUAAACACGAUGGUGGAGAAUCUCUUCGUCACGGAGCAUGGGCGUCCGAAGGAAGGAGAGGGAAAGCUCGAGGGGAUGGUUUAGUCAAGAAAAAGCGCAUAUGGCUGCGAUUUGGGUGAAACGGCCUGGAGCCAGAAUGACGAGAGAGGAGAGAUGCGGUUGUUGCGAGAGGGAGAAGAGAAUAAGAUCGUUGCGAUGCCCUAGGUUUCUUUUUUAUAAACCGCAGGCACGGUGGCAAAUAGUGGAAGUUUUCGAGUAUUCAUAUGGAUGAAUCUUGUUUUGGUGAAGACCACUUUAGUGGACUCAUCUGGUCAAUUUUAGGUUGGAUCCGAACUCGACCUAUGGAUUUGUUUUGAUGCCCCUAGAUGUGGUGGUGGUCGGCAGUCGGUGGUGGCCAAUGAUGAUGAUUACAGCUAAGCCAGCAAGUGAGAUUGAUUUGAAGUCUCUUGUGCAAGACAAGGAACCUCUCCUUAACUUAGAGCAAGAUGUGACAUCUCAUCGUGUACUAAAGAAGAUAAAGGAACUUCAUGAAAAGUAUGCUUCCUUCAGACGUGUACGGGGAGAUGGAAAUUGUUUCUUUCGAGCCUUUAAAUUUGCAUACCUUGAGCACAUUUUGUUAAUGAAUGACACGGGGGAGGCCAAUCGUAUUUUAACAAAGGUUGAAGAAUUUAAGUACAGGAUUCUUCUAGACCAUAUGGCAUCUUCGGAGACACUUAUAAGUGAUUAUGAAGCCUUCCGAAACAUAGUGACAUUAGUUUCAUCCAGUUCAGAAAACCGCAUAAGUCAUGCAGUUCUUCUGCAAUGGAGUAAGGAUGAGGAUGGCUACUCUGAUCCUGCUAUUAGGUUUUUGAGAAUGGUUACAUCUAACGAGAUCUGCAAGCGACAAAAUCAUUUCGAGCAAAGCAUUCAGGGUCUCUCGUGCGAUAAUGCUAUGACAGUACAAAAGUUUUGUGAGAUUGAAGUGGAACCAAUGGACAAGGAUGUCGACAAUGUGCAAAUCAUUGCUCUUGUAGAUGCACUUGGUGUGCCAAUUCGGAUAGAGUAUCUCCAGGACAGCGAGCAUAAACUUAACCAUUAUGACUUUGGAAUUGAAGCUUCACCACUAGAAGAACCCUACAUAACCUUACUAUAUAGGCCCGGUCACUAUGACAUUCUUUACACAAAGGAGUACCAUGUGGUAGUACCUGAGCUAGUAGAGGUUGUCUUAAAGGAUUCAGAGAUUCCAAAGAAGGAACCAAGGACAAUAGCAAAGGUUCCCUUGACAUCAGAGAUGGAUCCAUCAGAAAAGGAGGAGGAUAUACACAUGGCCAUCCACACCUUUAUUAGGAGGAAAGGAAAGGGUCGCAAGGAUUACCAAACAGAGUGGACUUCCAAAAUUAAUUCCUCAGAUGUAUGGAUCUGUUUGGUGUGCUAGGGGUCAUAAUUGAUAACUAGCUAAUCUAUUCAUGGUAGGUCUCAACUGACUCAUAAUUUGCAUUUUGAGAUGAUCUCUACUUUAGAAAGAGUAUUACGUCACUCAUUGUGAUAUUGCUGCUCACUUUCUUGGUGAGAGGCUUAUAUAGAUCCUCAAUAAUUCUAGAUGCAUUGAGCAUGUUCGGCAUUUAUGUUUUGCAUCCAACACUCCUCAUCAAGCUUAUUAAAAUGCAUUAUUUGACAAAGGAAUAUUUUUUGUCUGCUGGAUAUUCAUGAUGGUAGGAGAUUUUAUCCUCUUAGCAUUAUAAAUCCCACGCACAUAUGGUUGAUAGCAAGUUAGCAACACAUAAAACACGUAGAAAUUUUGGGAGGGGAGAAAUUAUGGGGAUUAGCCUAGUUAAAACGACUCCACUGAUAUGAGCCAAAGAGUUAAAAAGAGGCUCUUGCCUAUAAUUGGAGAAGACGUUAAUACAAUAUCAUAAAUUUAAAAUUUUGAAGAUAUCGCUUGCUGUGGUAGUAAUAAAAGCCUUCAGGUGCUGAAUUUAUCAUCAGGAUAAGUGGUUGGCUUGUUCGGAGACCGAGCGGAUGGGAUGCAGUUAGGCGUUUUUGGUUGAUGGAUGUUGUUCAUUAGCAGGUGUUAUGCGAUGGUCAACUGAGAAUCUCAUAAGUUGAAUGACGAUUGACUUGGUCAUUAUCCUGAUAAGAGGGGAGAUCUGAUGACUGGAAGACAUGUUUCAGAUGUUUUUCUUUUUUAGGCAUUGUACAACAAUAGACUGGGAAUGUUGAAAUUCAUGUGACCUUUGACGAUCAGUUGGGUCAUUCUUUUGAUAUGAGGGGCGACUUGAUAGAUUGGUGUCAAAUGCUGGUAGCUUAUAGAUAUCAAACAUCGAUUGUUUGUUGUCAUUAGAUUGAAAAAUAGGGCUCUGAAAUUCUCCACGAACCCUAGAUUUAUCCUUGUCAAAAUUUCUCUUUUGAAUGUAUAGAAAUAUUUUCUGAUCAUUUUUUGUCAAAAAUUUUGACACUCCUUCGGACAGUUUGAGAAGCCCCUUUGAUCAUUUGAUAUUUCUUUGGGGAUCUCAAUGUUUUACUGAAUUAUAGAUCUGAAUGAUCUUGGAAUCAUUAGAUACAUCUCAUCAAGAUGUUGCUUCUGCCCAUGAACACAAAAUUUGGAGGAAAGUUGACUCCACUCCCCCUUCUUCCCUCCCAAAUUGAUUCAGGAAGUUUCUAAUUAAGAUUUCGAAUGCUUCAUUUAGGAACAUUGGAACUCAAAUCUUGACAUUAUUGUUAUUGUUGGUUCGUCUUGUUGAACUGCACUGUUGAUUAUAAAUUUGUCAAGAAUGAAGUUCUGAUGAUCUAAUAAUCAAUCUUGAGGUCUAUGAUGCACAAAUACGACACGAUGACAUGGAUACAACACAGACACAGGACACAUCAGUUAUUGAAAAUAUAAGACAUGGAUACGGGUUAGACACGGUAUUAUAAUUUUUAUAUUUAAAAAAUAAUGUAUAAAAAUUGAAUUAGUAUAAUAUUAAAAUUAGUUUAGAAAUAAUAAGUCAUUUAACUAUAAUUUGUAUUUAAAAUGAUUAAUACUAGGAUGUCAAAAGUCUGGUGUCGAUGCUAUGUAUCAAGCAUUGAGAGAGGAGACGGCAAUGCUAUUGAGAGUCGGGCAUUGAUGUUAUGCAGUAAGUAUCGGGCGUCAAUGUCAAGAUGGCGUUUGUCGUCAAUGUUGAGAGGCGUUGGUUGUCAAUGUUAAAAAGAUGUCAGACAAAGAUGAGCUGUCAAGUUGUGGCUGUAGAAAUUGCUAGCGUCAAGCAUCAACGUCAAGACAGUGUCAAACUUUGAUGUGGAGAUGGUUUUGAAAUGUCGAUGUUGUAACGACGUCAAAUGUUGAUGUUGAGAUGACAUCGGACAUUGUUAUGAAACUAAAGUUGCAAUCCGUCAAAGAGAAAUGAAAAUGAGAAUAUUCUAUGAAUGGGGUAUUGAGUGCGGGCAAUUGAUUUGGUGGUGUGGAUAAGAAAUAAGAAAUUUAGUUUUUAUAUUGUAUAUAAAUAAAUAUUUUAAAUAUAAGAAAUUAUAUUUAAAAUAAUUCAUAAAAUAUUCAAGACUAGUGUGUCGGACAUGCGUGUCUAAAUUGUAUUUAUAUUUUUUAAUCGGAUACGUUUUUGGCGUGUCUGACACGUAUAGGGGUGUCGGACGUGUGUCGUGUCGGAUAUGUGCAUGCCUCUUCGAGGAGAAGUGUCGGUGCAUCAUAACUCGAGGUUUAUGUCUUCAGCUUUAUGUAAUUGUUGUUAUAUGGGUUAGCAGGUUCUCAUUUCAACUAAUUACUUCACAUAAAACAUGCAGUCAGGCUAUGGAGGUUUGUUAUCAACAAAUUUCUUCUCAAAUGGUCCUCUGAAAAGAUUCUGAUACUUGCCUAUUUUGGUCUCUUGGAUUCAGUUUUCGAAAGUUUUGGCUGGGCCAUUAAGCAUGGGACUAAAAUUACGUAU